GUAGACUGGCCAGCUAGCUAGGCAGCUAGGCUAGGUUCACAUGUGCAUUGCUUUCUGCUUUCGUGCAGCUUUGAGACCUUCGAAGGAAUCUUCCUGAGAAGGGCCCACCACUGCUUCUACAAUCUACUUGCUGAGGUUGUACUAAUAAAUCUGCCCAGAAGGAAGCCGUCUUUGCAACACUUGAGAUUCAUUCACAUCAUCUGCUCUCAAAGUGCUCAACAAGUUCAAUCAGCAUUUAGCGAUUGACCCCCAGCCCUCUUCCAUCUGCAUUUCAGCACUUUGUUGCUCCGCUUCGCCACCUGUAAUCAGCAGUCACCAUGCCGAAGGCCACAUGGAACGGCGUUGUGGUCGCCGAGUCCGACAAGUUUGAGACGGUGGAGAACAACGUGUAUUUCCCCAAGAGCUCGAUCAAGUCAGAGUACUUCAAGAAGACCGACACCACGUCGGUCUGCCCGUGGAAGGGCACCGCCAGCUACUACACGCUGAGCGUUGAUGGGAAGGAGAACAAGGAUGCCGUCUGGACGUAUGAGAACCCGAAGGCCGCUGCCGCCAACAUCAAGGACCACGUUGCCUUCUGGAAGGGUGUGGACGUUUCCAAGUAAAGAUGAAUACCUUGAAGGAUAUCAUGGGCGGUCCCCAGUUUUGGCUUUGAUUAAGUGUGUUCCAAAACGUUCGGAACAUUUCAAUGGGGCUGCAAUUUAGGCUUCGCCAACCAGGACGCUGGACGGCGAUCUUUUUCUGUUGGACACGUGAUUUAGGCAUGCCCAGCCUUGUAAACUGCGUCAGAGAAAAGAAGACGGUUCUAUGUUGGGAUACUUUGCACUAACCACUUUGUAAAUUCUGAUGAUACCAGAGUUGCACGUUAUAUCUGGAUGCACUGAAGAACUCAAGAUCUCUUCAAGAAAGAUCAAGUGAUCCGCUCUCUCCACACGCUAGGCUCGACGCCCAUCAGAUUCUAUCGCAACUGACGAUGAUACCCAUGUUUGGUUGCAAUGCAAACGGUACAGCAGAUUCAAUCUGCAAUAGAUUAC